UCAAAAGAAUAUAAUAAAUUUUAACAAAUGGCUGAUAAGUCUGCACUCACUCUGUAUAAGGUCAGGAAGACCACCAUGGAAAUGCUAGCUGAUAGAGGAUACAUUAUUCCACAUAAGAAGUUAGCCCAGACCUUUGAGGAGUUCAAAGAGGGUCUUGGGGAUGAUAGGUUCUUGACUAUGUCGGCGACUAAGGAUGAUGAUAGCCAUGACAAGAGAAUACUAGUCUUCUUCCCUGAAGAGGAAAAGCUGUCUCAAGAUCAUAUUAAAAAUUAUAUCACUAAGCUCCAUGACAAUGAUAUUUUGCACUGUAUUCUUGUAGUUAAGGGGAAGAUUACUCCAAGUGCUGAGAAAAUGAUCAGGGAGUUCGAAUCUUCACUAACAAUCGAAGUUUUUAAUGAAAAAGAGAUGUAUGUUAACAUCACUCGUCAUGAAUAUGUGCCAAAGCAUGUCCUUUUAUCUAAUGAUGAGAAGAAGGAACUCUUGAAAAGGUAUAAAAUUAAGGACUUCCAAUUACCAAAGAUCUUGAAAGGAGAUGCCAUUGCCAGAUACCUCGGACUCAAGAGAUCGAAUGUAGUAAAAAUUAUCAGAAGCAGUGAGACCGCUGGAAAGUAUAUCACAUAUAGAUUAUGCAUCUAA